ACCGAGGAAACCCCGCAGCCGGGCUCAGCCCCCUCCUGGGCGCGCUGGAAGAGGCUCGCCUUCCCGGGCGCCGGCCGAGCUCUCGCUGGAAGUGCGCGCGCUCACAGACUUCAUGUCCAAGUCCCGGGACACUUGUGUCCACUCUGCGAGGUUUCAGACUAUAGGCCGUCAUGGAACCGCAGGCUGCGCGACCCUUUACCGAGUGUCAGAGCGCAGGCGGGGGUCUUGCUGGGGUCCAAACUUUGGUGGGGGGCUGUGCAGAGAACUGUGAUCAUUUCAGGGGAAAAGCAGCUCGUGGCGUUUGUGUGCGCCCCUCGGAGGACGAGGGUGUUGGGGGUCUGGGAAGGGGUCUCUCCCAGGUGGACCGGCAGGUUCUCUGGACAGACUUUCAGAGAGCAGGGGCCUCCUAGCAGCCAAGGUGCAGUAAUUAAAACCAGUCCCCUAAGUUCUCUGGGACCUGAGCUUGCUUCCUCCCGCUCUUCUGGAUCGUUUUGUUUCUAUUUCAUGUGUCACAUGUUCUCAGAGGCUCUAGUAAACCCUCAGCCAGAGAACAGCAAGGUUUAAAAGAGUUCCAGGAAUUGCACUGAGGAAAAUGAGAGCAUUGCACCGGGGGUGGGAAGGCAGAUUUUGUGGGAGAUCGGUGGUGAUAAUGAGGACAGGUGGCUGCAGAACAUGUGCUGAUCCAGAUGUCCUGGGCAGCUUUCCCUAACGGUGGACACCUGACCGUUUAGCAAAGCAUCCACCAGGAGCAGAGCUCUCCUGCCUCCACACCCACCACGGCCACCCCAAACCUCUGCACAUCAGGUCAUCAGGUCAGCACCCUCACGGCCUCUAGGUUUCCGAUCCAGCUUCAAAAGGCAUUUAGCCGGUGCUGAAGGUCAGGGGUGGACCCCCACUCCCCAUCUAGGAAAGGGAGGAGACGGCAAACCCAGGAGCCCUGUGCUGUUUUCUUUGUCGUCCUGCUGGGGCCGGUGGCAUGGGCAGUGCACUGGCCCUGCGAAUGAGCUGAGCUGGGCCAGACCUGCCUGUUUGCCAAGGUGUGCCCAGAGCCCCAGUGAUCCCAGACUUUCAAAGUCAGGAUGGAAGGCUGGCAGUUCAAGGGCCAGAGAGAGAAGGUGUAAUUACAGGGUUGCGCUCCUAGGCCCAUCUGCUUAGAAUUACAGAGCAGUUUUCAUCUUUGGCUGAAACAUGAAACAAAUCAGAGCCAGUGGGCAGAUCAGACAGCAGCUGCCACCCACACCAGGAACAAGAGGCAGAGAGAGAGAGGACACGAGAGGGUGUCUCCUAAAAAAUCUCUUGUCGUAUCUGUGAAGGAAAACAAUCACAUGGGCAAAUGCCUUUAAAAUGAAAAAGUACUUGACAAUUUGGCAUAAACAGUUUUUUGUUGUUGUUUUUGUUUUUUGUGUGUGUGUAAAGCCAUUUGCCUUUUGGACUACAAAAGCCAUGCUCAGAGACGCAGCCUGGGCCAACCUGUCCUGAGCUUUUCCUCCUUGUUUUGAGAGCUGGAAGUUGUAACCACACUUCCUGCACCACAGUCCAAGCUGGAAUAGUGAUAGCUGGUAAGGGAAGCCCAAGUGUAUCCUCAGUGAGGUUCAAGUACAGCCCCCGAUCUGCAAAUUCCAGCCGGAGUCAGCCUGAACUCCUUGGGGUCAUGGGUUCACCCAGACCCACAGUGUACAGGGAGGGGGUCAGGAAGGGGGAAGUAAGCCAGCGGGGCCAGACCCCGUGCAUGUGUGCACAUGUGUGUGCACACGUGCAUAUGAUGAAGAGGAUAUCAGAUAAAAAAGGAGGUUUGCCAGGUUUAAUGGGAUGACAGGGAUAACCCCACAGAAAGCCAUCCCAUUUCAGUGUGAACCUGCAGUGGCAAAAUUAUUCACACUGACUUUGCCCACAGAUCAACUGCACUCGUUCAGGGAGCGUGGGACUCCAGCACAGAGGAGAAACCAAGGGACUGGUCCUUCUUGGUAUAAAACUCUGCAAUUUGAGAGAGGCUUGUCACAAUUCCUUAGGAUCAUGUAAAGCACCAAGAAAGAAUUGUGCAUUCUCCCUUUCCCCCUUUUCUGCCUGAAAUUUACUUGAUUGAAGUAGUUUUAAUUGAAAAUGGGUAUUAAUCAACUUAAUCCAAGUGAAUGGCUUGAGAGUGUGUCCUACUCUGUAGUUAGGGGUUUUGUAAGUAUUUAAAAACUCUGUAGUAACAGAUGGAGCUUGAUCAUAUAUCUUAAUAGAAGUCAUCAGUCUGAAGGAAAUUACCUGUACUCUUUUAGAAUGGCUUAAUGAUUUUUUUGCCUGAUACAGAGGCGUUUUAUUUUGCUAACCACAGGAUACCAUUUGUGUGUUUAUAAUAGCAAUUAGUAGGUAAAAACAUAUUUUCUAUGGUUAUGAAUGUACUUGGAACCAACUUUAAUAAAUUUAGUUCCAGACAUCAUUUAUAGAUUAUUCGUUACACUAACAAGUCUCAUUAAUAAGAUUAAAAAAUGCACAAGGCCUUCAGGAAGAUUCUGGGUGAAGAUGCUGUAGAAACUUUAUUGUGUUUGGCAUCCGAUCUUUGUUCAGUUUUUUGGUUACUUUUAUUUCAACUCAGGCAAGUCAUAAAUCACCCAUAGGUCCUACUGGUGAGUAAAUUAGGAUUUGGCAAGACUGGAGCCAGUUGUUUAUUUUUUGCUGUUUUUUAAAACUGUACAUGUAGUGGGAGACACCAGUUCAAAAUGUGACGGCAUAAAAGUAGACGGCAGUCUUACUUUCCUCUCCUCCACCUUCUAAGGACAAUUGCAUUUCUUAAUCCAGGUAAAACCAACUGAGUGUCAUGAAGGUAUGUAGCUGGGGGAUGUCCCUUGUCACCAUUUUCUUUGUUUACCUGAAAAGCCACAAAAAUCAUUCAGCUCCAGAAGCCAGAUUAACACGACAUAUUUCAGAAUAAGUGGUGCUUUAACGUGCCCCAAGGUGCUUAUUCUCUUUAUGAAUGGAAACAUUUGAGUUUAAGUUUUGGAGCUGAGGUUGGGGAGAUGUUCUUCUCCCCAUCACUGUUUACUUUUGUAGAAUUCAUUGACUUUUCUGAAAUGGGAAGACACUUUUGAGCUAUUCCCUUUAACUCAAGUGUAUUCUAUUAAAACCAUACAAAAAAAAAAACUGUGGAUUACCAAGUGAUUGCUUCACCAACAAAAUGUGAGGAAACUUUGCAAUAGGGUAAAAUAGAAUCUUUGAAAUAUCAUUUUACAGUUUUUGUGACCAAGAAAACAUUGCCUUUCCUGCACCUUUUCCCCCUUAAUCAUAAAAUGUAAUCUUGAAAAGAAAUAUGACUCGUUUGUUCAUAGCAGGGAGCGAGGGUUUUAGACGGAUGGUAAAUAUUCUCUCAUGAGAGAAACUGACUAGCUUCAAGCAUGUGGCUGAGCCGUCUCGUCAUAGCCAUGUUCUUUCUUUUUCUCCCUACAUGAGUAAAGAACUCAACACCAGCGGAUGAUAGGACUGUGUAAAUAACACACCGUUUAGGCACAGACUGAUGACAACUUGAUAGACUCAGUUAAAGGGAAGCAUAAAGCACUUAGGACUAGAAAUAUGAAAAGACACGUUAAUGAUCGUGUACAUCUGCAGAAAACUUACAUGGUAGCAUGUGCCCUCUGCAUGGCGUUGAAGUGAACCCAGGAAAAAGCUCAGGAAAAACCUGCCACCGUCCAAGCAUGAGCUCUUGCUGUGUCCAGAUGUUAUGUGCACAGGCCGUUUAGUUCUUUUAAAUUUGGGAAUAAGAUUAUUUUAGAAAGUCGUGUGAUAGGGAUCUAGGUUAGAGAAAGGAUGUAGUGUCACCCUACAGUUACUAAGGGUCUUCUGUUCUCGAAGGGUUUUCCAGCUUCGUUCCUUCAGCCAGUCAUUCAGUUAACAGGUAUGUUUAUGAGGGCCUCCUGUGUGCCUGUGUCACUGCCGGCUGGGGACAGGGCUGUGAAGAGGGGCAGCCCCCUUUCCUGAAGCGUCCUGAGAAUACCUGGGGGGAUGAGAGAAGCUUUUUGGAGAGCCCAGAGCUGGGAGGCUGCUGCCCUUGACUGUAAUAUUUUUCCCUGCUGGGAAUCCCGGCACUCCACCCCGUCCCCCAUACAUCAUGCACACACCACACACACACACACCACACAUAUCGUGCACACACCAGACAUACACCCAUCUUACAUACACACCAUGCACAUACACAGCACAUGCAUCGUGCACACAGACACACACACUGUGCACACAAACAUACACACACACGCAACUUCACACGUGUUCAGAGCACGGCUGUGGUGGCAGCCGUCAGCUGCCGGCCCAACAGGCAGACGGUGCCGUCUGUGGUUUGACCCCAGUGUCUGGCCCAGGGACCAUGGCCUGAGAAGAAAACGACUUAGAAAAUUACCUCAUUUUCAUCAAAAGUUAAAUGAAACCAGGAAUUUGAAAUCUUGACUUUAUUAUGUUUCUCAUAAAGGGAAAAUGCUUUUAGAUAAGAAGGUUUAAAGAUUGGCAAAAGCAGCUCUCUCAGCUUUGAUCUCCAAAAACGUGGAAAUAAAAACAAGAGCUUAGUGAGUGUAGGUGCCCAUCUGGGAGUGAACUCCAGCUUUUGUUCCAAAACAUGGAAGCUGCGCGGGCGGUCAUGCAGCCGCCUUGACCUCACAGCCCAUGUCACAGUGCUGAUAGCUCUUUUAAUGGGGCUGCGUGACUAACCAAGUCAAAGAUGAGUUCAGUCCCAAGUGUGCCUGGAAAGUGUCUCUUUCCCAACUCAUUUCACAUUUUAUUGUGUGUACAGUGGUUUGGAGCCUUGGGUUUCUCUAUCUAGACAGGCAGAUGGAAAGCUGCCGAGUAGAUUGAGAGCAUUCAGAACUCGGGGACUUGGCCACACGCUGUGUUCCUCCCUUACUUUUCCCUUCAUGUGUCAGUGAUGGAGCAGGCCUCAGAGACAACCUUGCAUGCAGUAGGACCUCAGCCACCCGCUGAAGGGGUGACUCUGGGUCUCUGCUCCAUCCCUCCCCCCAUUCCGUGCCCCUCACCCUCUGUCUGGUCCCUGUCGGUGGCCUGGCUCGCUCUUAGCAACACCGGCUCAGGAAUAAGCGUUGUUGCAGAUGACGGAGAAGUACUGCAUUUGUCCCCUUUGAAGUCUGUGCUCAGGGCUGCUCUCUGUGUGUGGAGUCUGGUGACCUGGGUGAUGCCAACAGUCACCUGGCCCAUGGGCGUUGGGCUUAGGGUGCAGAUGCCCAUGUAAACGGUUAAUCCUGUGCUUCCUCUUGUUUGGAGAAAUCUGAUUUUUUAUUUGCUAUCUCUGGGAGUUUUCACUCUCUGAACAGUAGACUGGCAAUCACGAUCAUAGUAAAGAUCAUUCUGCAGUCACUUAGGAUUUCUGUUGUGAGUGGUUUCGUCCGUGGGAGUGAAGCACUUUUACGUACACACACGCAAGGACACACAUGUGCACACACACCCAUGCAUGUGAAUACACCCUCCAGAGCCCCAGAGGCUCAUGUAGUUCCCUGCAAAAAGUCAUCUAUAAAAUUGUCCCCUAAAGCUUUCAGGAAUUAAUUUGUUUUCAGCAGGAGAACAGUGUCCUUCCAGGGUCUACAUUUUUCUCCCAACCUGUACUUGAAAGAAGCUGCCCCGAUGUCAUAAUCAUUUGAUCUGGGUCCAGGCCAUGGGACCCCAGAUGUCACAGACCAUUCUGUAAUGAAGUCACUCUGAUAACUCGCUUCAUCAGAACACCGGGCCAGGACCAUGCUGUGGAGGCUUCUGGUGUGGCUGGUCUCAGGGCCUGGCUGUACGUAGAACCCUUGACCUUCAGGACUGGUUCUCCACCCACUCCUUGCUUGCCUGUAUAGUAACUGGCAUUUAAGAAAUGAGAUAUUAUGUGUGUAAAGUGAAUCUUUGGGUGCUUUACAAAUAUUAAUUAUUAUCACCAUUACUGUAAUUUUUGCUUUGUACAGGGGAACAAAAGGCAUCUAUUCGAUGACGUAGCCAAAGUCACCUUGAAACCUGAAAACUCACCCCCUUUCUUAACUGCACUGAUGUUGUUUAACCCUCUGAGAUACUCUUUUUCCUUGGAUUCAUUUACAGCAAAAACCGUAACGAAUGGGACCCAAUGAGCUAGUCUUCUCAACUGACCAAAACAUCUAGAACCCUCAGUUCACCAAAAUCUUGAUGUUUUUGGGUGUGCACUCCUACAGUGUGCUUCCUCACUCUUAUGAGAAACACAAAGGGGGUACCAUCUCAUGGCCUAAAUAGAGUUGUCACCUGUUCACUCCACUACCUCUGUAUCCAGGGCACCAUCCCAUCGGCACUGAUGUUCCUAAUGACCUCACUGUGAGCUGCCUUAAGAGCCCGAAAGAUCAUAAUGGCAGCUGCACUCAAAGUUCAGUGGCAGAACUGUCAACAAUCAAACACUGUGAUUAGCCAACACUUCCAAUUAUACAGAUAGUCCAAUCAACUGGGGGUUUUUAAAGUUGUUAUGCACAUUUAUUAUUAUAAAUAAGAAGUACACUCAAGCAGGAACUGUUAUUACAGUGAGCUGCCAUCGAGUUGGAUAUUGAUUUAUACAAUCAAAGAUGACACACAAGUAUUUUGCACAAGUUUCUUUCCAGAUGUUGUGCUAAAUUAGUACAGAUUCCUACUUUCCUCUCUCCAUCUUUCCCUCCCUCCCUUCCUCCUUUCCUUUCUUUUCAAAUAACUUCUUGGUAAUACUUCUCCCCACAACAUGCCAAAGAUGGUGAGUGCCUCUCCAAGACCACAAAAAAGAUUUACUGCUUUGUUGAAAGCAGUUCCCUUCUGUCAUCUUUCUCAUUUAUUCAGGCAAAAAUGAUGCACUGAACCAUGGCAGAAGCUUCAUAAUUGAUCUUUCUGCUUCUCAUCCCUCCAAAAAAGGGAAAAGCAGUCUUUCCAAAAUGGAAUUCUUAUCCUGUGUUACAUUGCUUAUAGGCUUCAGGAGGUUCCUCUUCCCUGUUCCAGCCCAGUCCAUGCUUGGGAUGACACACGCAGGGCUCCAUCCUGGGCCACCCUGUGGUCUCCCCUCCCUGACCCUCUCCAUCCCUCCUGCACGAAUCUCCCUCCCCCUUCUUAUGUUGGGCCUGUGCUGUAAACUCUGCCUGGACCAUUUCUGUUCAGUCUUCAAAGGCACAGCUGCCCCUCCAAAACCCCCCAAGAAUGAAUUCAGAGCCUGCCCCCUCUGACCUUCUGAGUCCCUCUAUAAGCCCACUGAGGGUCUGGUUUCUCCCCCAGCUGAGGCUUCCUUGGGGCAUGAUGUUUGUAGCUUCUGUGCCUACACAGUGCCUGGCCCUGCAGAGCAUUUCUGAUUGUUUGAAAGAGUGAGUUGCUAGUUUCAGUCCCAGAUUUGGUGCUGACAUAGUCCUGGCAAUGCAGGAAUACGGGGGGCCGGGUGGAGGUGGGGGGGGAUGUCCCUGGGUUGACCAGAAGUCUAAGGCUGGUCUCCUUGGAGGUCACGCAUGGCCGGUCCUGAGAAGGAAGUCUUGGGGUAUAAGGAGAGAGCGUUCCACAUGGCCUCCCCUGCGGCUGAACUAGGAGCUUCAAGUGGCCAUUUCAUUCCCAGCCAUUUACUAGAAGGAGCUCUGACACCUCACACGGGGGUGGGGGGGCGGGGCACUGGUCAGAGGAGACAUCCAUGUCCCACACCCGAGGAGCCAGGUAAGAGUUGGUGGCCCCUGUCUGCACUUGACCCUAAGAGACAGCUUCUCCUGCCUGACAGCAACGCUUGCUGUCACUUGACCCUUUUAAUUUUGCUCCAUAAGAGUCAUCAAGGUGGUGGGUACUUAGAAGGAAAAAGAUAAAAAGAGAAUAAAUUCCAACCCCAUUUUCCCACCCUGAAAAUUCAGUCCCACCCUAGCGAGUGAGCCCUUGGCCCCUGGGUCCUGGGGAGGGGCCAGCUGUCGAGUCCUCCAUCCAGCUGUUCUGCUGGCCUCCUGUGCCGACUGCCUUGCCAGGUCCCUGACCUUGGCUCCUUGUCCAACAGGAGCAGUAGCUAGAUGGAGAUCUGUCUCUAGAAACCCCGAAUGAUUUAAUCUUCUGCCUGUUUUCUGAUGAUGUGCACAUUGGUAGUUCUGGGAUUUUAUUUCUGCCCCUCCCCCCACACUCUGUCGGCUCCCUCCUUCCCUCUCCAUGUGGCUCCAGCCUCCUGCCUACCAAGCAGGUCCUGAGCACCACGUCCUCUGCCUCUGCCCCUGAACCUGCCUCCUUCCCAGACCCCACCAUCCUACCCUUGUCCUUGGACGUGCAGCCCAGAGAGACCUUAAAAGCCUCCGGGUCGGAAGAACUUAUCUUCAGUCUUCUUCAUGCUUCCAGCCCGUAAGCUACACAGAGUGGCAGUGCGUAGAUAUUUGUUAAACCAAGUAGAGCUUGUCACCAACCGCAGAGCCCACCCUGCUCUCCAUCCGGGUCACCAGUUAGUUGGCUGCCAGGAGCCCGGGCCUUGCUCUGGUCACUCUGUCCUUCCAGAGCUCAGAGCAAGCCGGGCUCCGGGAGACUCUUACCAUUAUCCCAGCCAUUCUGUUAGUUAGGAAGGGCUUUCUCAAGGCCUCUAAGAGCCUGAUCAUCAUUUAAACUCAUAGCAACGAACAUCUAAUGAGAAUUAUGAACCAUGUACUAAAGGAAAUGAUCUCAGGGAAUCCUGAGCCCAGCCCCAAAAGAUGGCAGUGCUGUCACCCCCAUCUUACAGAUGAGCACACUAAGGCUUGGGAGGUUAAGUGACUUGUGUAGGGUCACAGUGCUGAUCGUGGGUUUCAUCGAUUGUAGGAUUUAAGGUUUUUCAUAUAUAAGGGCUGUGAGCGUGUGUGCACCUUCUGGUGGGCGAGGGCUCUGGUCCCUGUGAGCCUGUGAGUGGCAGUGAUGUGGGGAACAUGUGUUUGCCUGUGUGAACCUGAACGCUGCUGCCCAUACUAUCCUCACGUCACUUCCUCUGUGCGCAUCUUUGUUACUCUCCUUCUGUGGUUUAGUUGCCGAUAGGUUGGUUGAAAAUAAACAUUGCAGCCAAGGGUUAGAACUCACCUGUAAAUUCCACUCUCAGCACUGAAAAGAAAACCAGUGUGGAAAUCAGGCAGCCCUGUAAUAGAGCCAGGGGUGUCCCUGUGACAUCAGUGGGGCGGGUAUUUAUCAUGAGGCAAGGGGAGUAACUGCACUUACGUAUUUUCUCACCGACAAUCUGUUAUCUGGAAAGGAAGAUGCCCACAAAAAGAUGAAGCAGUGUUUGAGCCUUGUUGUUGAGAUCAGCGCAGUGCCGACUGAUUGCCUGUCCUGAGUGAAGCAUUGUAGCUGAAGCAGACAACGGUGCCAGAUCUCCUUGGGGAGAGAAAGCAGUCGCAGGCCGUGUGCAUGCUCUGAGCGUGUCUCAGGACUGCCGCUAAGGCGUGUCAUCAUUUAAAUGCAAGUGUUUUUGUCACUGGUAAUAAAAUAAUGACACAUCUUAACAAUCACUGAUGUCUUGGAUUUGGUGAAAUCCUUUAAGUGGCUGAUCUAGUUUCAAACCCAAGCAGCCCAGCUCCGGAAUUUCACCCAUAUCCGCGCCCCUCCCGGCUUUCCUUAGCUUUAUGGGAAAGCAUUUGCAGAGUGUGAAGGGGUUUAUAAAUCAAUUUUUAGAACAUAGCUUGCAUGGUCGUGAAAGUGUGGCAUCUUUACUGAAUGCUGAGUCUUCCCCAACUCCCAGCGCCUUGUGACUUGAGUUAAAAUCUGUUUUGUUUCUCUUUUUUUUUUUUUUUUUUUUGCCACAUUGCAAUUGAUCACACAGUUGACCCACUAGAUGGCAAGUUGUACUGUUUUAUUCCUUGAUUUCAUUCCUAACAGGGAGUUCAGGAGUGCUUUCUAUCAGCAAGAUGAUCACAAUUCUUGGGGUUGGUGGAGGUACCCACCCCCCGACAUCCUCUAGUUCAGAGCUGAGAGAGAUCAACACAGGUGCCAGACAAAUGGGGAUUAAAGUGCUGGAAUUGGGAUAAACACCCCAUCAGAAGUCAUAGUACAGGUGGACAUCCAUGUAGGAUUGAUAACACGUCACCCCUGAAUUUUCUAGGCUUUCCACCUGACCCAGUGCUACAGCCCAGCCAAAUGCAGGGUCCUGACUAUGGGGUGGGAGGGGGCUGAUCAAAAUGCAUGUGUUUUGAAAACAGGCUGGUUUUGCAAAGAAAAAGAGAAAAAUAGCUGAGUCAGAAGGCUUGUUUCCUGCCUGUUUCCUUAUCCUCUCUGGGGAGGGUCAGGGACAGAGCACCCAGGGCUAUCGCUGCAGUGGAAGUGCCUUCCCUGGGAUGCGAGCUCGAGGCCACGGAGGGCGUCUUUGCUUAACAGCCCUGAGCAUUAAUGUCUACACCACCCGACGCAGAUUUCUGAGUUUUAGUGUCGCCUUCGUUCUAGCUCAGGUGUGACUCACCUGUUUGGGCUGAGAGGGGUGGGUGGCUAGGUUGCAUUUAACAUUCAUUGUGAAACGAUUACCACAAUUGUUUUCAUUAACAUCCAUCUUUUAUUGUUGCACAUUUGUCUAGCUAGUGGUAUUUUUUGCUAACGCAGUGCUGAAUGCCUAGUAGGUCCACAAUAAAGACCUAUCAGAUUGUCAGUUACUCUGAAUUACUUCAGGAGUGAAUCUCAGAGGAAACAGUGGGCUUUCAGAUAACUCCAUCUGUUUUCCUUGCCUUUUUCUGAACAUGAGGCUGGUGGUACUUUUGCAUGUGUAAAUUUUGGGCAACCUAGACAACAUGUACUGAAGAUAAACUUAGUCCUAGUGUCUCUUUACCCAUGGAAAAUACAAAUGUGCAAUUUGAACCCUGUAACAUGUGUUUUUUUGUCACCAGCUUUGAGGGGCAGCCUUGGAAGAUCAUUGGGGGAAAUGUCACACCGGUGCCCUUGUAGGGACUUGUACCCCCUCUAGAGGGUGCCCACCUGGAGACUGAGUGACCCUGAGCUGCAUGAGGUGGUGCGGGCAGAAGCCCCCCCUCCCCCCCCCACUGUGGGGCGCCUCCCGAGCUGUUCCCAGGGCCUUUCUCUCCAUCUCCGUUCACUCUUCACUAAGGCUGCUGGUUCUUCCCUCCCGUCUGUAUGUCACUGGACCUGUCCACCCUUCCCAACCACCCUUCCUGCCUGUCCCCUGCAGCCCUGUCUCCAGCCUUGGUGACUCUGGAGCAUGAGAUUCUGUCCCCUACAGCCCUGUACAGCUGUUCCUGGGAUGCACGGCCUUGUUGCUAUUUCAUGGACCUGGGUUUGAGCUCAGGCUUUGCUAGGAGCUCACCAAGUGACCCUCAUCUCUACGGGCCCCAGUUUUCUCACCUGGGAGAGGAUUUCCCGGGACACUGGGAGGUGUGAAUUCCAGGACAGCAAAGACAGUGAUAGAACUGGUUUUUCCCACGUGUGGGAUGUCCCUGCCUUGGGGACAGCUCCUCAGCCAGCCUCAUGUCUCUGUGGCUCCCCUGACACCUGCCUUGCACGUUUCUGUUUCAGGGCUGGGAGAGGGCUCUGCCCUCCUUCAUCCGGAUAGCAGGUCCCACCCCAGGUCCUUGGAGAAAAGUGCCUGGAGGGCUUUCAAAGAAUCCCAGUGUCACCACAUGCUCAAACAUCUCCACAAUGGUGCCAGGAUCACCGUGCAGAUGCCGCCUGCCAUCGAGGGCCACUGGGUAUCCACCGGCUGUGAGGUGCGGUCAGGCCCCGAGUUCAUCACCAGGUCCUACUGGUUCUACCACAACAACACGUUCAAGGCCUACCAGUUCUACUACGGUGGCAACCGCUGCACCAGCCCCACCUACACGCUGGUGGUCCGCGGCAAGAUCCGCCUGCGCCAGGCCUCCUGGAUCAUCCGUGGCGGCACCGAGGCCGACUACCAGCUGCACCGCGUGCAGGUCGUGUGCCACUCAGAGGCCGUGGCCGAGCGGCUCAGCCAGCUGGUCAACCGCACGUGCCCUGGCUUCGUGCCCGCUGGGGGCCCCUGGGCGCAGGACGUACCCUACGACCUGUGGCGGGAGGAGGGCGGCCGCGAGUGCACCCGGGCCGUGAACUUCGCCAUGCACGAGCUGCAGCUGGUCCGCGUGGAGAAGCAGUACUUGCAACACAACCUGGACCGCCUGGUGGAGGAGCUCUUCCUGGGCGACAUCCACACUGACGCCUCUCAGAGGAUGUUCUACCGGCCGUCCAGCUACCAGCCCCCGCUGCAGAACGCCAAGAACCAUGACCACGCCUGCAUCGCCUGCCGCAUCAUCCACCGGUCGGACGAGCACCGGCCACCCCUGCUGCCCCCCAAGGCGGACCUGACGGUGGGCCUGCAUGGCGAGUGGGUGAGCCAGCGCUGCGAGGUGCGGCCCGAGGUCCUCUUCCUCACGCGCCACUUCAUCUUCCAUGACAACAACCACACCUGGGAGGGGCACUACUACCACUACUCCGACCCCGUGUGCAAGCACCCCACCUUCACCAUCUACGCCAAGGGCCGCUACAGUCACGGCGUGCACUCCACCAGGGUCAUGGGUGGCACAGAGUUUGUGUUCAAAGUGAACCACAUGAAGGUCACCCCCAUGGACGCCGCCACGGCCUCCCUCCUCAACGUCUUCAACGGGAACGAGUGCGGGGCCGAGGGCUCCUGGCAGGUGGGCGUCCAGCAGGAUGUGACCCACACCAAUGGCUGUGUGGCCCUGGGUAUCAAACUACCUCACACAGAAUACGAGAUCUUCAAGGUGGAGCAGGACGCACAUGGCCGCUACCUGCUGUUCAACGGCCAGAGGCCCAGCGAUGGCUCCAGCCCGGACAGGCCCGAGAAGAGAGCCACGUCCUACCAGAUGCCCUUGGUCCAGUGCGCCUCGUCCGCACCCAGGGCUGAGGACUUCUCCGAGGACCCCGGGGAGCGUCAGCACCGGAGCUGGGCACCCGGGAGCAGCCCGUGUCCCCUGCUGCUGGCCGGGCUCGCUGGCCUCUGGACUCUGCUGCCCUGGCAUGGCCUCGGAUAGAAGUGCUUACAGUUUGAUUUUUCCAAACCGGGAUGCCUUACAAUUUCCAUAUUUUCUUUACGAAAAGGCAAGACACUUCUUCCUCGGAUGCACUUGAGCGGCUGAGAAUGGUCCUCCUCCCCACCUGGCCCUGCCCGCCCAGCCUGAGUCAUGAGUUGUUUGAAGUUUCAGCUUUGAACUCCAUCCAGCCAAAUCCAGGGCCUGGGCGUCCUCACCAUGUAAUUGCACUUUAAGACCGCAGAGGGUUUCAGGCGAGUGUGUUGGCAGAGGGAGCAGGGUGAGAGCUCCGUCAUCUUCUUUUCUUCCUUUUCAUUAUGAUUGCAUUUCAGGGUGGAACUUAGGAGAAACAAAAAGCAGUUCGGUUUCUUCCUGCUCCUUUGAACUUGUUUCACUCUCCGAGUUUUCCAACCUGGAAUGCAGGGCAGAGUUGGUUUGGGACUGCGGUCCAGACACCUUUUUUUAAAUAAAGAAGAGACAUGGGUGCGGGAAAAGACACAGGUCUAAUGGAACCACCUUGACAGCCUUUAUGCAAAAAGAGAGAGAAUCCACACUUUCAAAUGUUGAAAAGUAUCUGUAAUUAAAGUUUCAGAGUCAUUUAAACGAUGGUGGUUGUAACUUGUUGGGAGAUGUCAGUCUGUGCUGGUCUCUGGGUGGCUCUUACCUGCCCCGGGACGGGGUGGUGGAGCACAUGUCAGAUGGAGGUUGUCCCGCUACAGGUGGACAGGAGCAUCGGUGCAGGGAGGGUGACAGUGCAUGAUGUGAUGGUGACCCGAGUGAUGCAGUGCGCAUUCAGUCCGGCCUUCUCUCCAUGGGACCCCAUCCCAGCUCACAUGGUGUCUGGAGCUUCACUCUGCCAUCUCUGUCACUUCAAAGAUUCAGAGACCACUCAUGGGUGCCACAGGCCUGGCUAUGCAGAGGAGGUGGUAGGGGCAUCCUAGCCAGGUGCCCCACGAGACCGUCCACCCUCCUCAGGGGACAGGCCGGCCCGACCUGGCUCUGUCACUGCAGAGAGUCUCAGGGCACCUUCCACCGAGUCUGUGAAGGUGUGUGCGUCACGUGUGCACGUCACUUUGGAUUAUUACGAAUGACGCCCCCUGGACACCGAAGGUGGUUGCCAGGGGAGACUGACGGAGGGAAAUGGUGUAACUGAAAGAAAGCCUGGACGCAUCUAAAAACCAGCGUGGAAACCACGGUCAAGGUCUAGAGUCACACCUGUAUUUAAGAGUUACCUUUAUGAGAUGCUGUGGUGUUAAGUUAUAAGGGGGGCAUGGAGGACCACAGCGCUUUAUCUUUAGAUGAUAUUUUACAUCGUGGUUGAGGGGGUUUAUUCAAAUGAAAGUACUAACUUAAUGUCUGCCAAGUUUAAUAAAUAGAGAUGUCAAAAAUACUCCCACAAUAUACAUUUUACCUGUGGAUCUAUUUAAUUAAUACUAAUGCUAUCUUUAAAGGAUAUAAU